AUGAUUUCAAGAGCAUUUUCAAAAGUUAAUAAAAAUCAAUUAAUUAAAACAGUGUCAACAAAUCGUAUUGUCGCAUGUAAAAAUAAUCAAACACAAUUUAUACAAAGAUUUUCGACAUCAACUGAUAAUAGUAAUAAUAAUGAACAAAAUCAACAACAACAACAACAAAAAGAACAAGAACCAAAAAAGAAAAUGAAUAAAUUUGCAUUUUGGGGUGGAUUAGCAGUAGCAGGUUUAGGUGGUUUUUGGAUAAUUGAUAUGGUGGUUAAUGAUGAUUUCGAUUCAGUCACUGAUAAAUUUAGAACUAGAUUACCAGAAAGUGAAAGAAAGAAAAGACCAAAAGUUGUCAUUCUUGGUACUGGUUGGGGUUCAUUAUGUUUCUUAAGAAAAUUACAUACUGAUUUAUUUGAUGUUACAAUCAUUUCACCAAGAAAUUACUUUUUAUUUACACCAUUAUUAGUUGGUGGUACAACAGGUACAGUUGAAGUUAGAUCAAUUAUGGAACCAAUUAGAAAGUAUUGUAAGAGAGCAGAUGCAGAGGAUGCAACUUUUUAUGAAGCAGAAUGUUUAUCAGUUGAUCCAGUUUCUAAAAAGGUUAAAUGUUAUGAUAAUAGUGCUGUAAAAGGUGAAGUUUCAGAAUUCGAAUUAGAGUAUGAUCAUUUGAUCGUUGGUGUCGGUGCCGAUAAUCAAACCUUUGGUAUUCCAGGUGUAAAAGAGAAUGCUUGUUUCUUAAAAGAAAUUAAUGAUACUCGUAACAUUAGAGAUAAAAUUAUUGAUUGUCUUGAAACUGCUUCUUAUCCUGGUCAACCUGAAAAAGAAAUUGAUCGUUUAUUAAAUUUCGUUGUAGUUGGUGGUGGUCCAUCUGGUGUUGAAUUUACAGCAGAAUUAAAUGAUUUCCUUCAAUCAGAUUUAUUAAAAACAUAUCCAUUAGCAAAGAGAAUUAAUGUUACAUUAGUUGAAGCACUUCCACAUAUUUUAACAAUUUUUGAUAAGAAGAUUAUUGAUCAUGUUGAAAAACGUCUUCAAAGUUCAAACAAUACAAAGAUUUGGACAAAGACAGCAGUUGUUGGAGUUAGAGAGAAAGAGAUUACAGUAAAGAAUACUACAACCAAAGAGGAAUCAAUUCAUCCAUACGGUUUAUUAGUAUGGGCAACCGGUAAUACACCAAGAAAGAUUACCACUCAAAUUAUGCAAUCGAUCGGACCAAAUAUUCAAAACAAUAGAAGAGGUUUGGUUGUUGAUGAUUAUUUCAGAGUGGCUGGUACUGAUGGAAUUUGGUCAAUUGGUGAUGCUUCAAUUAAUCCAUCAAAACCAUUGGCUCAAACUGCUCAAGUUGCUUCUCAACAAGGUCGUUAUUUAGGCAGAUUAUUCAAUCAAUUGGCAGAGGAAAUGAAUAAUGAUCUCAUUAAAAAGAGAGAGAAUCCAGAUGCACAUAAAGAGGAAAAAGAAAAACAACAAGAGAAAUUAAACCUUUUCAAUUCAAUCACUGGUUCAAAUAAAAGCUUUGAGGAAGCCGUCAAAGAGAAACCAUUAUUUAAAUAUAAACAUAUGGGUACUUUAGCUUAUGUUGGUGAUCAUCAAGCUGUAGCUGAAUUCAAAGGUGAUCAUUCAACAACUGUCUCUGAAGGUUAUAUCACUUAUUACCUCUGGAGAAGUGUAUAUUUCACUAAACUUUUAAGUGUUAGAAAUCGUGCUUUAGUCUCUUUCGAUUGGUUAAAGAGUAGUGUUUUCGGUAGAGAUAUUUCAAGAGGUUAA